AUGUCGUCCUACUUCACGCUGCCGUCGUUCGCGAGAGCAAAGAAGAACCAGGAAGAACUCGAGAAAACGAACCCAACACAACCGGUACUGAAGGAUGAGGACGAAAAGUUCUUGGAGCGGCACCUGUCACAGGACGAAGGCCCAAAGCCCGAUCUACCACCUCGACCCGCUGACGUCGCCAAGAUCAGCGAUGAAGGAGAAGUAAAGGACGCCACGCCAGCAGAGGCGAAAGCAGCAGAAGGCAAUAUUGUCGUGCCAGAGACACAGCCAAAGUCGGUGGAUGCGCCAGUCAAAAAGGAAGCGAGGAAGAGCUUUGAGCUGCCCAGUCAGGAGGAGGCAGAAGCGACGACGCGAGGCUGGAACUCAGCCGUAAAGCUGGAUGGCGACAAGGAUGCAGCUAGCACGCCUGAGAAGAAGACAUGGACCUCGUAUCUGCCAGCCAAACUCCAGCCUACGAAGAAAGAGGGUACAAGUGAAGAAGGGACCAUUGCAUCGCAGAAGGAUACCACAGGAGACGCUUCCGGAGGCCAAGAACGAACAUGGGGCGAGUAUGCCUCGAACCUCGUUCUCUCCAAUUCUCUUCCUUCCUGGCCCGAGUCCUGGACGUGGUCAAAGGACAAGGAUGCAACGCCCCAACCAGUCUACAACGAAGAUGGUACUAUCAACGAGGAGAAGACGAGAGAAAAAGAAGAAAGGGAGGUCUCUGUCCUGCUGGACAACCUCAACAUGUCAGCCAUCAACAACCGCGUGUUCGCCUUCAACCAAGAGACACAAAAGUUCUAUGGGCGCUUUGCGCAAGUGCUCAAGGAUACAAUCAACGGAGUUCCGACGGCCUAUGAUGACAUGGACAAGCUCAUGCGCGAGGCGGGACCGACUCUUGAAAAGCAAUUCAAGACCAUGCCUCCGUUCGUGCAAACGCUUGUGAAGAGCCUACCGGCCAAGAUUGGCACCACGCUUGCACCAGAAAUUAUGGCUGCAGCGAGUGCGAAGCCUGGUGCUGACAUGGAAGCCAAGAUGGCAGCCGAGGGCUCGUCGACAUCCAGCUCGAGCAAUGUUGAGAACAAUAACAAGAAGAAGAAAAAGCGUACGAUACCAGGUUUGAAGAAGCUGAUGAGUAAAGAAGGCGUCGUGGCAACCAUGUUGCGGAAUACCGUGACAUUCUUAACCACCCGGUUCCCCUUCCUCGCUUCCGCAACGAACGUCGUCCUCUCUCUGGCUGUAUUCAUCCUGAUGUUUGUCUUCUGGUAUUGUCAUAAACGCGGCAAAGAAGUCCGUCUGGCAAACGAGUCUUCUGCCGCCAGCAGCCAGAUUAUCGAAGAAGAGGAAGAAGAUGGAGACAUUGAGGUCUCCGCUUCCGAUAACGAGGAUGAUGCAACGACUCAGGCCGAGCUGGAGAAGACGCUGCAUCAGCCCGAACCCGCGCAGGUUCCAUUACCCAGAACGGAGUCUGAAUUACAGGAGAAGAAGUGA